AUGGUAAAUGUGUUGAGGCCAGGGAAAGCUGUGAUCCUCUUACAAGGGCGAUACGCCGGGAAGAAGGCCGUGAUCGUGAAAGCAUUCGACGACGGUAACCGCGAGAAGCCUUACGGUCACUGCCUCGUCGCCGGAUUGAAAAAGUACCCAAGCAAAGUCAUCCGCAAGGACUCGGCCAAGAAGACUGCCAAGAAAUCGCGUGUCAAGUGCUUCGUCAAGGUCGUCAAUUACCAGCAUGUGAUGCCCACGCGUUACACUUUGGACUUGGAUCUCAAAGAUGUCGUCACCGGUGACGCGAUCUCGUCGAAGGACAAGAAAGUGACUGCUCUCAAGGAAGCCAAGACGAGGUUCGAAGAGAGGUUUAAGACUGGCAAGAACAGAUGGUUCUUCACCAAGCUUAGGUUUUGA